CCGUGGCCUGGCACUUUCCUGACCUCCGGCCACCUCGCGGCGGGGACGGCUCGGAGGUCCCCGGGCUCGGCGCGCCUGGCCCGUUGGACGCGCGGGACGGUUGCCGGGCAGGGGCGCGGCGGCGCGCAGGGCGCGGAAGUGUCCGGGGAGCCGCGGGCCCGCGCCCCUCCGCCCGCCGCCGCCUUCGGGGGGCCCGCGGGGGUGGCCCAGGUGCAGCCAUGCAGGAAAACCUCAGAUUUGCUUCAUCGGGAGAUGAUAUUAAAAUAUGGGAUGCUUCGGCUUUGACAUUGGUGGAUAAGUUCAACCCCCACACAUCGCCACAUGGAAUUAGUUCCCUGUGUUGGAGCAGCAAUAAUAACUUUCUAGUGACAGCAUCGUCCAGUGGCGACAAAAUAGUGGUUUCAAAUUGCAAGUGUAAACCCGUUCCACUUUUAGAGCUUGGUGAAGGGCAAAAACAGACAUGUGUCAGUUUGAAUUCCACUUCUAUGUAUUUGGUAAGCGGAGGCCUAAAUAGCACAGUUAAUAUUUGGGAUUUAAAGUCAAAGCGAGUUCAUCGAUCUCUUAAGGAUCAUAAAGAUGAAGUAACAUGUGUAACAUAUAAUUGGAAUGAUUCCUAUAUUGCUUCUGGAUCUCUCAGUGGGGAAAUUAUUUUGCACAGUGUGACCACUAAUUUAUCUGCUACACCUUUUGGCCACGGCAGUAACCAGUCUGUUCGGCACUUGAAGUACUCCUCAUUUAAGAAGUCGCUCUUGGGCAGCGUUUUUGAUAGCGGAACCGUAACUCUCUGGGAUAUAAAUAGUCAGAGCCCCUACCAUAACUUUGACACUACACACAAAGCGCCAGCCUCAGGCAUUUGUUUUUCUCCUGUCAAUGAACUGCUGUUUGUAACGAUAGGCUUGGAUAAAAGGAUCAUUCUUUAUGACACUUCAAGUAAGAAACUAGUGAAAACGUUGGUGGCUGAUUCGCCUCUGACUGCGGUAGCCUUCAUGCCAGAUGGAGCCACUUUGGCUAUUGGAUCUUCCCGUGGGAAAAUAUAUCAGUAUGAUUUAAGAAUGUUGAAAUCACCAGUGAAAACCAUCAGUGCUCACAAGACAUCUGUGCAGUGUAUAGCAUUUCAGUACUCUACUGGUCUUUCUAAGACCAGUUUAAAUAAAGGCAGUACAAAUAAGCCCACAGCUGUGAGCAAACGUUCUGUUAAUGUCAGUGGUGGACUUCAGAGUUCUGGAAUUGUCAGAGAAGCUACAGUCCCUUCCCUCACCACAGUUCUGCCACAGCCCAUGACGACGAUUGUGGGAAAGGGGGCAGUUGCUGUUCAAGACAAAGCAGGUUUGCCUCAGACCAUAAAUACAGAUAUUUUGUCUAAGGAUAUAGACACUGGGAAAAAUCAGAAUUUCUCCAGUUUUGAUGAUACUAAGAACAGUAGUUUAGGUGACAUGUUCUCCCCUGUUAGAGAUGAUGCAGUAGUUAACAAGGGAGGUGAUGAGUCCAUAGGCAAAGGAGAUGCCCUUGAUUUUCUACCACAGUUGAACUCAGUAUUUCCUCCAAGAAAAGGCCCAGUAGCUUCAAGCACUUCAGUAUUGCAUUCUAGUCCUCUUAAUGUCUUUAUGGGAUAUCCGGGGAAAGAAGAAAAUGAAAAUCAUGAUCUGACAGCUGAAUCUAAGAAAAUAUACUUAGGAAAACAGGAAUCUAAAGACUCCUUUAAACAGUUUUCAAAGUUGAUCUCUGGUGUGGAAUCUGGAAUUCUUAAUACCUCUUCAUCUUCUAACCAAACACGAAGUCCUGAGAAAUUUGAAAAGGCAGAGAAAGAAAUUGACCAAAUAAUAUGUGAACCCACAAUCAAUGGAUCCUCGACUCCAAUUCCAAAGAUAGCUUCCUCUGUCACUGUUGAAGUUGCCAGCUCACUAUCAGAAAAAAUAGUUGAUACCAUUGGAAAUAAUCUGACAAAUGCACCGUUGACAUCCGUACAAAUCCGUUUUAUUCAGAACAUGAUACAGGAAACAUUGGAUGACUUUAGAGAAGCUUGCCAUAGGGAUAUUGUGAAUUUGCAAGUGGAGAUGAUUAAGCAAUUUCAUAUGCAACUGAAUGAAAUGCACUCUUUACUGGAAAGAUACUCAGUGAAUGAAGGUUUGGUGGCUGAAAUUGAAAGACUCCGAGAAGAAAACAAAAGACUCCGAGCCCACUUUUGAAAUUUCAGUGAAUGCCUUAAUGUUUUGCAAUUCAGGAU